AUGGGACAAAUGCACAAAUCAAAUCAUGCCUUUCAACACAAAUGUCGACUCUCAAGAGAACGUGGAGAAAAGGAGAAGCGGGAAAUGUCCCAGACGGAUUUUCAGGUCGAAAUCACUGUGCCCUCGAAAUUCAUUGACUGCGCCUCACUUAAGCCUUUGUCUGGCCUAAGAUCUACCUCACCGCCGUGCGAUACUCGAUAG